GCCACUACACUUACCAUCACAAAUACCAAUCAAUACUGAUCAGUAUCAAUCACUCAAGAAAAAUACGAAGUCUAAUCCGUUCUUGUAUGUAGUUCGAUAGACGCAUUCCUUCGUUCAUGUCCGAACCGCAUUCACAAUCUUUGCGUCUGCAUCUACAUCUACAUCUACAUCUACAUCUGCAUCUACAGCCAUCGGUAUCUUCUUGCAUCAAUGCCAAUGUCUCGGGGACCAAAGUUUUCAACAUCGACAUUAUCUCGACUCUCGACAAUCCCGUAAUUGGAUCGAUGAUAAUACAUAGACCGGGAUGCUGAAGAUCCCGUUACCCAUUAUGAUCUAGUCCUUGAAAUUUUACCUACAUCGAACACCCCGUACCUGAAGUCUCCACAUCUUGCCAACCAAGCUUCCAAGUUCCAACACUAGAUGCAAUUAUUAUUCCAUGGCGGGAGCUAUCUAAUAAAAGACCUCCUAUACACGCCUCAAGCGCACUCCACCACUUUUCUAGAUUUGAUUUCAUCUUGUCACCAUACAUGAAUGAUUCUCAAAGAUUGCCUUUCUCGUACAAGUCCCAUGUCCCGGAAGAGUUCUCCCCCAAUAUUCCAGAUUCCAGAUUCCAGAAUCGUUCAAGAACAAGCCUUGAUCUCACCUCCAAUCGACUGUCUAAACCCUUUUCGUCCAAUCUCCGCUUCUCGUUAGGAAAAGCGACAUCUAUCUUUUCGCUUCGAGAAUUACUUUAUAUCUACUUCUUCUUCGAUAGACCUACAAAGUACUAGCUAUACAACAACAAAAUAGAUACCCGAUACAGCUCAAGUCCAUCAAACAUCCACAAUUAUCCACAAUCGAUCCUGUCGCCGACAAAUUUCCAAGAACUUUGUGAUUUGUUUCACUUGCCCAUUUCAAAGAAUUAUCCAUUAUUAGGAAAUCACCCAAUUCACGUUUUCUUACCCGUAGAACAUACUUCAGGGUUCUCAAGGAGGUGGAUGCCUUGCAUCUCUUCGCAGACACCAAUAUUUUGUUGAGUACCACCUCAAGGCAUCCAAUGCCCAAACACCAGAGAGCACGAGCAUUACUUUUACAACUGCACAUCAAUACUUCGAUGCAGAACAAUAUUUCUACCUAAUCACAUAAUUUGGGUGUUGUGCCUCCCUUCCACCGCCGAUCUUCCAAAGAUCUAAUUUCCAGUAUUGUGGAGCUCAAAGGAGUCAGUUGCUACGGACUUCGUCACUACAAUUAGACCAAUCGAAACACACUGUAAGCGAGUUGACGAGACCAGAGUGCCGCCAAAUAUUCCUGGCCAACCUUAUAUCAUAUAAUCUUAAGGCAGAAUCCCGGCAAGGCUAUUAUCCGAGUCAGUAAGCAGCCGAGAACAGCUACUGCCAGACCACAGAAACACGGCAUACAUAUCAUAUCCCUAUCAAUUUGGUCACUCUCGUCCUCAGGUUGAUCAAACCCACUGACUCCACUUUAUCUCAAAACCAUACAUAUCCACAUCUCACCCUCAUAUCUGAAUACCACCUCACUGCUCAUAAUGGCUUCGUACAAGACAGCCGUCCCUGGCAAGUCCUUCAAGACGUCGCUUAUGUACUCGGUCCCAGUACGACGUCUUAAGGAGAUACUUAGCCAUGUGGUACCGGAUAUGAAAUUAGAAAGUGUCGAAGAAUUACCCUCUACCCACCUACCCAGACUAUAUACUCUCAACAUGUCGAAUGAUAACAAGCUUCUCCUAUCCUUUGCGCCCAGUUUAGCUGUUCGUCUCUUGAGACACGAGACCACGCUUCAGUACUCUGAAGCAACCCUCGUACAUUUCCUCGAUACGUCCAGCCAAAAAUCCAAAGGCGUAAAUACCAAUGGUAUAGCAGAUGUAGAAAAUGAUUUAGCAUCCAUCAAACUAGAGGACGUGAUACCGAAAAUGCUCAAGCAUUCAUCCAAUAACCGAGAGAUGGCAUUACCAUACACAAUCUUCGAACCGACAGCCGGAAAAACACUUUCUGCACUCUCAGUAUACCUCAGUCUAUCCGACCGGCGCCUCAUCGACAAACAAGUCGGAUCUCUAACUCGAAGCUUAGCUUCCCUCACAUCACCCAACAGCACAUUCGGUACAGCAGCUCGAGUCCUCCCAGACCCCUUCAAACAAUCGCGCCCUUCAGCCCCUUUAGGCUCGGGGUCCACAACUUGGUCAGAAGCUUUCAAUACCCUACUUGAAUCAAUUUUGCGCGAUGGAGAAGAUAUGGCCGUCUUGCUUCCAUACGAUGUAGUGCGAUCACACUACCAACGUCUAUCUUGGCGCAUGGACGCUGUCAAACUUCCUAGAUUGGUACUACUAGAUCUAGGUGAACGGAACGUAAUGAUCGAGAACGGAAUCAAGGAAGGCAGUUCGCACAUCCCGACUGAAAGUCUCAAACUAACAGGACUACGAAACUGGAGUCAAGGUAUCUUUGGAGACCCAUUACUCUCAAAUGUUUUCGAAAAUCCCAGUGAAGGUUUCAUGGAAGGCUGGAAGGCAGGUGAUGAAGAUGAUCUCAUCGAAGACACAGGGAAUGCAGAAGUACGAUUGUUGCUCUACCGCUGCUACAGAGCUGUACUGGGAAUAGUGACAGAAUACUACCGACCCCAAAGCGACAGCAGUAGACGCGAGUUAGAAAACCGGAGGAAUUUAACCGCUGCGUUAUCAGAAUUGGAAAGAGUGGAUGUUGCAGUCAAUGAUAUGCUCAAGAGAGCGCGAAGCUUGAGUUCGUCUGUAGCCCCGGAGGCUGAGAGUUCCAAGAGGCAAAAAAUUGGUAUCGAGGAUUUGGUAGAUGAAAAUUGAGGCAUACCAGCGAUUUUUUGAUGUAAUUAGCGAUACCCAAACAAUAGUCAAAUAUCUUAUA